UAUAUUGAUAUUUUAUCUUAGUGCGGAAGGAUAUUUGAAACAGAUGACGUUAGUCACAUGAACCAUAAACUUCCUGUAUCUCACAUAUACGUUCAAAGUUUUUAUUUAGUGCUGUUUUAAUAAGAAAGUUAAAGAAAAGAAAUCACUAUGAGUGAAGAAAUUCCAAAGGGAGAAUUGCCAUUGAGGUCAUUAGCAUCUCGACGUGUAUUUGUUGUUGGUGUAGGUAUGACAAAAUUUGAAAAGCCUACAGCAGUUAAGAUAGAUUAUCCUGACAUGGUGAAAGAAGCUGUUGGAAAAGCUUUGGAUGAUGCUCAUAUAAAGUAUGAUGACAUACAACAAGCUUGUGUAGGAUAUGUGUAUGGUGACUCCACCUGUGGGCAACGUGCUCUUUAUGAGGUAGGUAUGACAGGUAUACCUAUAUAUAAUAUACAUAACAACUGUUCUACAGGAUCAUCAGCUCUUUUGAUGGCCAGUCAACUAUUGAAAGGGGGAAUUUCUGAUUGUGUACUGGCACUGGGCUUUGAAAAGAUGGAAAGAGGGUCUCUCACUUCAAAGUUUCGAGAUAGAGUGAAUCCAAUGGAUAAACACAUUAGACUUCUGUCAUCCAUUCAGGUAGUUGAACCAGCACCUAUGACAGCACAGAUGUUUGGAGGAGCUGGCUUAGAACAUUCCAAGAAAUAUGGUACAACACAACAGCACUUUGCAAAAAUUGCAUGGAAGAACCACAAACAUUCAACAAACAAUCCUUAUUCACAGUUUCAGAAGGAAUAUACAUUGGAAGAAAUAAUGAACUCACCAGUGAUCUUUGGCCCUCUCACAAAACUACAGUGUUGCCCAACUUCUAAUGGAGCAGCAGCAGCAAUUCUUGUAAGUGAAGACUUUGUCCAUCAACACAGGCUAGAGAAACAAGCAGUAGAAAUACUAGGAAUGGAAAUGGCUACUGAUAUUCCAAGCACCUUUGAAGAAAAGAGCUGUAUCAAGCUGGUAGGCUUUGACAUGACAAAGAAAGCUGCAGAUACACUCUACCAGAAAACUGGAUUAACACCAGCACAGGUUGAUGUUAUUGAACUUCAUGAUUGUUUUUCAACAAAUGAACUAAUCACAUAUGAAGCUCUUGGAUUAUGUGAAAUUGGAAAAGGAGGUGAACUAGUUGACUCUGGAAAUAAUACAUAUGGGGGAAAGUAUGUGAUCAAUCCCAGUGGAGGGCUGAUUUCAAAGGGCCAUCCAUUGGGAGCAACAGGUAUAGCUCAGUGUGCAGAGCUAUGUUGGCAGCUAAGAAGUCUAGCUGAAAAACGUCAAGUACCAGGAGCAAGAAUUGCUCUACAGCAUAAUAUAGGGUUAGGUGGAGCUGUUGUUGUGGCUUUGUAUGCCUUGGGCUUUCCACAACAAGCUGCAGUAAGUCAAGAUAGAUCUUACACUUUCAAAGAGGAGAGAGACCAAUUCAAAUCUAGAAUUUUUUUCAGCAAACUAAAGGAAUUCUUAAGCCAACAAAAUGACAAAAUCAGCAGCCAGAACAAAGGAACAUGCUGUUUUCAUGUGUUAGAUGGACCAGGAGGAAGUGAAGGCACUUGGUAUGUCAUUGUGGAAGAUGGAAAAUCCUCAGUCAGUUUUGGUGAUAACUUACCUGCUGAUUGCACUGUGACUAUUAAGGAUUCAGAUCUUGCAGACAUUGCAUUAGGAAAAUUAAAUCCUCGAGAAGCAUUCUCUACUAAAAAGCUAAAAAUAAAAGGAAAUGUGGGUCUACUAAUGAAAAUGUUUUCACAUCAAAAAUCAGUGGCCACUGCAAAGUUGUAACUUUUUAAAAUUAAUCUGGAUGCUUAUACUAUGCAGUGUAAUUUUUUUAUGAGUAAAUAUUGUAAUUACAGUAUCUAAAAGUUACUAACCUAAAAGAAUAUUAUUAUGUUCUGUAUUGGUAAAAAACAAGGUGUUUAGGCAGUGCAUGAUGUUUAUACAUGUAUACAAUUACACUCCCUGGGUUAGCUAGAUUUUUUUUGAAACAUCUUAUAUUUGUGAUGGUGAUUAUAGAAAUACACAUCUUGCUUCAUUCAUGUCAAUUUUUGUAAAUCAAAAGCCUAUUAACCAAUAAAAUAUUGCAAUAAUGGGUAUUGUAAUACACUAUAAUAAACAAUUUAUUAACAAUUGAUUUAUAACUUAAUCAGAGCAUGCUUGCUAAAUUGCUGUUAGCCAGUUAAAUAUGGGACUUUGUUGUAAAUUUGUCAGAAUACAGCUUAUUUUAUGACAAAUCUAAUGGUGUAGGGUAGUCCUGAAUGAAAGAUCUGCUUAUGUAGAUACAGCGAAUUGGGUAGGAUCAGUGGGAGCAGUUUUUUGAUGCAAGUUGGUUCAUCAAAUCUUCUAAUGCAGUUUCACUGAUAACACACUACUUUUCAACCAAAAACUCUUAUAACAGUCAUUCUAGACUCUGUAUAAAUGUCAGAGGAAUCAGUCUCAAAAUUACCAGUACACCAAGUGUGGAUGUAAUCAAACAGAAUACCAGAGAACAAUGUAAGCUGCAAAACAGAUCAAAGGAGGUUUCAAUUCAUUUAAAGCAGUUUUUCAAAAGAUAAUGAAGGAAUUUUUUUAUGAUAGUUAAAUCAAGAAUAAACAAGUCAGGAAAAAACAAUAAAACAAAUUGGCUCUGCAACCGGCUCAAAGUAAUAUGUAUGAGAUUAAUGAUAUUAACAGCUGUUAAAACAAACAUUUCAUACAUAUUCCAUAGUUUUUUAGUAUGUUAAAACAUCAGCUUAUUUGAGAAGGAAUUUAUGGUUGAAGGGCAUGACUGUUGAUUAAUGCUGAUUAGGACAUGCCAGCAGAAGAAGAAGAUGAAAUUAAAUAGAUAUCAGUACGAUGAGGAGUUAUAAAUAGAAAAUAGCCUAAUAAAAUGGAAUAAAGACAGUAAAUAAGUGACACUGAGGAAGAAAUGACUUGCAUGAAAGGUCAGAGUCAUAGGUACCAUGUAGUAGGAGAUGAAGAGAUGGAACUAGCCAAUGAGAAAAAAAAAGAAGAAAGUAACUGGGUGGUUACUGAGGUGACUGUUGCUUGUCAUAUGACUAUUGACCUGCACCUAAAGCUGUCAACUUUUUAAUUGCUGUAAGAUGCUCUGCAGAUUGUGUCCUACCCAUUCCUGUAACUUAUUCUUUGUUUUUGAAUUGGCAGACAAGACCCUACCAACAUAGUAAGCUACUGUAAUUUUCUCUGGUUGAGUUAAGAGAUUCCUUGUUAGAUUCA